CAAAGUCAUGAAUAUCUAUCGUCAUUUCUUUAGCCUCCAUUUGUAUUUCUUCGCUCCCACCAGACUUCAUCUAACUUUCAUUUUAACAACAUAACCAUCUCUAUAUAUAUACUUCAAAUCUCACAUUACAACUCCACUUCUCAAAUUCACUUCAAUAAUGGCUGCUGGUCUUGAAUCCAUGGCUCUCUCUGCUUCUUCUCGCCCACCCAGUUCGCUCGCGCCUUCUAUGUCUUCUCCUUCAUCCAGAAUUUGGUUUUCCAGUGGUCGGAUCACGAAAUAUUUGCCGGGUUUCACGGGGUUGAAGAUCCAAGCGCCUUUGAAAUCGUCAUCAGCUUCGUCGUGUUCGAAGGUUCCUACGGUUUCUCCCUAUAAGACCGGCAUUGUUUGUGAAGCUCAAGACACUGCCCUUGAUAUUCCAACUGUGAAUGAUACAACUUGGCAGUCAUUGGUUUUGAAGGCUGAUGGACCUGUGCUAGUUGAAUUUUGGGCCCCGUGGUGUGGGCCUUGCCGCAUAAUCCAUCCAGUUAUAGGUGAACUAGCAGAGCAGUAUGCUGGCAAGCUCAAGUGCUUUAAGUUGAACACUGACGAAAGUCCUUACAUUGCUACUCAAUAUGGAGUCCGAAGCAUCCCAACCAUCAUAAUUUUCAUCAGUGGUGAGAAGAAAGACGCUAUUCUUGGUGCUGUGCCCAAGUCCACCCUAAUUGCUAGCAUUGAGAAGUUCGUGUAGGGAAGAAAAAUGGAAUCUUCUUGCUAUAGUUUUGCUGUUUUGGAUCCUCUUCAGUGUUAUGAGGAUGAAAAUUUAUCCUUUCUGAAUAAUUUCAGAAGCUUCAUUCUACCAAUGUUUUUUUUUUUUAAUGAUGCUCUUUUAUUAUUUUAUAUAUCACAAACUUCAACACCAUCAAUAACAAGCAAUUCAUUGUCUGAAA